ACAAACAUUGGUGGUAAGCGGUUAGCGAAAAUAAAAGUGUCGGGUUGAUCGGGACACCUCAGAGGACAUAGCCGGCGAGUAGAAAAGCCAAGAGCGAACAAAAUACCCGUGGCAUACAGGUUUUCACACCGAGUCAUCAAUACUUGGAACCUGCUGCCUGAAGCAGUGGUGUCCGCACCUUCAAUUGACUCUUUUAAGAGAAGACUGGACAUUCACAGAAGCAUACUAGAAAAGGAAUAACAUAGGCCGUAGGCCUUCUGUCCGUACUACACAAAUCUGAAUCUGAAAUCUAUAUGACUGGGCAAUCCCUGUCCUUCCUACGUAUUUGUGUUCUUGGUAGUCCACAAGUGCAACAGUAUGCUCAAAUGUAUUCUCGCACUUAAUCACAAUGUAGUGUGGUGUAUCAGGAUGCAUGUGAAUUGUAGCUGGUAUCCAGUGUCUGCUGGUGUAAAAUUCACUGGUAGUUGUGGUCACUGUGGAAUAAUGGGAAGGUCACCCCCACAAAUCGAAAUCUAGCAUCCCCACGUGUUGAGUUGUAAUAUAUUGCGACUGUAUAGCCUCAAGUUCCUUAGACUUUCUUUGACAUCAUUAGCUGUGUCAUCGUGGUCUGGAUUUUCUUGAGCUCGUUAAGCAGUUAUGCUCCACGGUUUGUCCGGCAGUAUUCUCACGUCACUCGGACUUGAGCGAAUGACUGGGUAAUAAAACGUCCCCCACAUCAUCGGCACUGGUAAACGUUAUACGGAGCCUUGGUUGGUUCACGUGUUUGGAAUUCUUGCUUCAUAUUAACUGUUAAUCCAAGGUUUUCAUUUAAGAUCGUAACAAAGAGAACAUUUUUAAACGUAAAAUGUCGCACAUUCCGUCAAUAGAUUAUUUCAACAAUGCUAUUUGGAAUAUUCAACCAGUCUUUGAUAAACCGUCUUCACAAGAUCCCUCUACAUCACAUUCUGAAAAUUUCGUAGUCGUCCCGCAGAGCCAGCUAGAUUCUUCUAUCCGACUGAUAAAUUCUGAAUUCGAGAUAAUGGGUUAUUCAAAAGUUUUAAGGGUGGAAAAUGGAGAAAUUCAAAUCAGUAUGAAUAGUUUUAUUGAUGGUGUGUUAAAGUUGAUUACAUCCUAUCGUAAAAGUUUAAAUAGUCGUGAAGAAAUUGAAUUAAAUUUUCAUCGUGUACAGUCAGAUUUAACUCAAGUACAAAAACUUUAUCGAAGAUGUCAGCAAAAUUUGGAAGAAACACAAAGAUCAAAUGAAUUAAUCAAAGAAAGGGAAAAGCAAGCUUUAAAUGAUAAAAAGUUACUUAAUGAUCGUUUGAAAUCUACAUGUAAUGAACUUCGUAAAGUUCAGUCAAAUUUCCAACGACAUGAAAUCCAAUUUCUACACGAACGUCGUAAGCUAGAGAAAGAAGCAACGGAUCUUCGGAAACGCUUAACAUUUUUAAUUGACAAAGCCACUCCUAACUGGAACAAAGGACAAAAAACAAAUAAACUGUCUUGUUCUCCAACGGUUUUAUCAAUGUCACAGUGGUUUUUAUCGUCAGAAGUUGAUAAAAAGCCUGAAAUAACAAAUGGGGGACCAUCCAGUUCCCGGAGAUUUGGAAGUACAAUUCGAACUAAUUCUGGUUUAGGUAGUGCCAAAUUUGAGUCAGUUACCUCAGUCAAUAACUUUGAUUCUGACAUGAAAGACGAUUUGGAUGUUCAAACCUCCAGGGCUGAUUUAUCAUCAUUAAUAGUUCAACAACUGGAAAGUCGCCAAAAUGACUUACUUUAUGAGAAUCGUGAACUUCGAGAUCUUGUCAGUCAACUCUCUUUAAGAAUGAUUCGAUUCACUGAUUUUCUCCAACGACAUUGUACUACAUGGGUACAAAAUAAUGAUAAUGUGCUUCACUCCAAUGAAUUCGAUGAUGAAUUCUUUUCACUUGAUGACGAAGAAGACGACGGCGAUGAGUAUUUUAGACGAGAAUCAUCCGACGAAGAUUAUUCAACUAUUGCCAUGUCUAAAGAAAAUGGUCGUAGAAAAUCAGCUCUUGUUAAUAAUCUUUUAAUUGAAUUACCGUAUGCAGUAAUUCGUGAUGAUCUUACCAGACGCGUACGUUAUGUAUCUCGAUGUCUUUGGUGUAAAUUAAAAUGUUUAGCCAAACACUAUACGACAAAAACAGGAGUAACAACAGAGAGAAAUGUAACAGAAAAUGUUGUAAAUUCACAAACUUUUGUAUUAGACCUCCCAAGGUCUAUUGAUGGAGAUAAUGAAUAUAAUGAAGUGGAACUAUUAAAAAGUCAGUUAGCUGAUGUGAAAUCUUUGGCUGGUUGUAAGUCUUUAUUAAAGGGGAAAGAGUUGAUUAUGGAGGAUAUUUUAUUCUCAAGUUAUAACUUGGACAAACUGAAAAUUUUAAAUUUAACCAGUUCGAAUCCGGAACUUGAUGGGAAAAAUGAAGUACACUUUGACAAACAUAAUGUUCCUUUAUUAUUGAAGGAAUCCAGUAUUCGAAUUUCAAAGAAAAAUAGAACGGACAGCUCAAAUUCAUCAGAUAAUUCACUUUAUUCUCCAUGUAAUUAAUCUUUGGCUUUUAUUAUCUAACUGGUUUUGACUUGAAGCAAAGGUGCCAGUCACUCCUACUCAUACUGCUUUCACCAAACCUCUCAUUCUUACUCGUGCAAUUAUAUCGAGAAAAACAUAUCAUAAUAGUAAUCAAGCAGGAUUGUUCUUUUGACUCAUUACUCAACAUUCAACGGACCAUUACAAUAGAUAAUGGCUACACCAAGCCUAUUCACUAUUCGCUUCGAACAGUUUCGGAUUCGUACAUAUUUUCUUUUACAGUGUAAAUACAUGCUUCCCCUUCAUUAAAAAUAAUGUCCGAUCUUUUUGAGCAGUGCUUUGUAUCACCAUACAUUUAAAAUAUAAUUAUAACUACU